AUGUGCCUGCCUGGUGCCACUGACGCGAAAUUGGACGGAUUUGGUCCUAUUUACCCACCAAGGGCGUGUCCCCAACAGAGCCGCGUUGCUAGGUCACUAAUUGACCAACUCCCAAGAGUCCGUUCUUGCUAUUCCUUCCAGCAAUAUGACCAGUCAAACGCUUCGGGAUUGAGCAUGCGAAUGGUCCCAAAGACCCUCCUUUGGGCACAGCUGCUUCUGACAAGGGGCGAAGAUCGAACACGAGAAGCCCACUACACGGCUGAUCAGUUCUUCUACGAGGUCGAAACCUAG